CUGACAGUAGCUAUUGAUGGAAGAACACGAGGUGACCCAAACAGAACACAUGGCCACCAUCGAGGCCCACGCAGUGGCCCAGCAGGUACAGCAGGUCCAUGUGGCCACCUACACAGAACACAGCAUGCUGAGCGCGGACGAAGACUCACCGUCUUCACCGGAGGACACUUCCUACGAUGACUCUGACAUCCUCAACUCCACAGGUGCUGAUGAAGUCACUGCUCACCUGGCUGCAGCAGGCCCUGUGGGGAUGGCAGCAGCUGCUGCUGUGGCAACGGGUAAAAAACGAAAGCGACCACAUGUUUUUGAAUCCAACCCAUCGAUCCGCAAGAGGCAGCAGACGCGUUUGCUACGGAAGCUUCGAGCCACUCUGGAUGAGUACACCACCAGAGUGGGGCAGCAGGCCAUCGUUCUGUGCAUCUCACCCUCCAAACCCAAUCCUGUCUUUAAAGUAUUCGGUGCUGCACCCUUGGAGAAUGUGGUACGCAAGUACAAGAGCAUGAUUCUGGAAGACCUGGAGUCUGCACUAGCAGAGCAUGCUCCUGCGCCUCAGGAGGUUAACUCAGAGUUGCCACCCCUCACCAUCGAUGGCAUUCCCGUCUCGGUGGACAAGAUGACCCAGGCACAGCUGCGAGCUUUCAUCCCAGAGAUGCUGAAAUAUUCCACAGGUCGCGGGAAACCAGGUUGGGGCAAGGAAAGCUGCAAGCCCAUCUGGUGGCCUGAGGACAUUCCAUGGGCCAACGUUCGCAGCGAUGUCCGCACAGAGGAACAGAAGCAGCGG